AUGUCCACCCAUACCUGCCACUACCGAGAGGGGCCAGCAGGACAGUGCCUGGCUUCCUCUACGGCUGCCGCUGACACCCACGGAUCUGACGGCAGACAAACUCGCCUGCCAUCAGCCUUCAACAGUCACACCAUCCAUCAUUUACACCUCGUAAAGCCAUCUUGCGAGGCGAGUCCCGUGUCCGGCGCGGCGGGGCCGCAGAGCUCCGCGGCAGGUGAGCGGCAGUCAGCGGGCUCCAACGGGAGCGCCCGAAGGAGGGAGAGCUGCCGGAGGGUGACCUCUCCCUGCGGGACGGAGGAUUUUGACACCCGAAAUCUCUGCCUCUCAGGACGGCACUGCACCCACUACGCCGGCAGGGACGCGGAGUGCGGCCACCAGGAAGCGGGCGGGCCGCGACACGGUCCCUGCGCGGGUGCAGCCCGGGGCCGCCCCGCCGCCCUUCGCGCCGCGGCCCCGUCCGCCUCCGCCGGGCGCGGCCCCCCCGCCGCGGCGAGUGUCGCCCCGGCUCCCCGCCCAGACACCCACCCCCUCCACCGCCUCCGCCUCCUCCCAGAGGCCCCCGGCCCCCUCCUCAGCCGCAGCCCCGGCCCUCCCGGCGGCAGUGGCGGCAGCUCCCGGCACCCCCAGGUACGGGUCCUGCCAGGCCCGGGCGUGGAGGGCGGACGGGACCCCGCGGGCGCCGGGAGGGAUUGGCCGGGCGGCGGAGGGAGGCGGGCGGAGAACAUGGCGGCAGGGAGCGGCGGGUGCUGA